AUUGAAAAGAAAAGAACGGAAAACAUAUUCCAAAAGAAACCCUGAAGAAAAACUGAAAAGAAUUCAAAACUUACCAAAAAAGCAAUGCUGUUCAAGGUGCAAAAGAACACAAAAACAAGAAGAAUUUGGAUACACUUCCGUAGGAAAGGCAUUCAAAACUUGUAAUAAUUGUAGACAACGAGCAGAAAAUAAAGGAUAUAACUUGACACAAUAUCGAAUAGAAUUACAAGUACGAAAAAUCAUUGAAGAAAUAAAUCAAGAAAUCCAAAACGAAAUCCAAAAUAGAAUCAACAUCAAUUCUGAGUAUAUCAGAAUGGAUGUGGAAAUGCAAAAAUUGUAA